AUGGGGGAGGAGCUGGGAGGGUUGAGAACUGAGAGGAGUCUGCUUGUGGCCGUGGAGAGCGAGAGUGCCCGUGUAGGGACUGGGCAGGCAUACAGGACGGACGAGCACGGCCUGGUGGAGGGCCACGCCUACACGGUGACCGGCGUGGCGACCCUCAGCCACUCCUCCCUCGGUCCCGUCAGCCUGAUCCGCGUUCGAAACCCGUGGGCCAACGCGGCGGAGUGGACCGGCGCCUGGGCUGAUGAGGACGAGAGGUGGGAGGGGGUGGACGAGAAGCAGCGGACCGGGCUAGGCGGACACACGGGCUCGGCGAUGCACGACGGGGAAUUCUGGAUGAGUUUCGACGACUUCUGCGGCGAGUUCGAGGAGGUGACCGUCUGUACCUUAGGCCCAGACUACGACCACGACGGGACGGUGGACGAGGUGGGGCAGGUCCAGGCUAUAAGAGGUGAGUGGAUUGAAGGCGUGACAGCAGGAGGAAGCAGGAACGACUUCGCUAAAUUCGCAACCAAUCCACAGUUUCUGCUGAAAGUGGAACACGGAGCAGAGGCCACUGAGGGGGGCGGGGGCGGGCUCUGCAGCGUGUUGGUGGGCGUGAUGCAAGAACACCGGCGCUCCAGGAAAGACUUCGGCGUUAAGAUGCUGCAAAUCGGCUUCGUGGUGUAUAAGACCAAGGACCCCAGCAAGCCCCUACAAUCGGACCACUUCUACCACCACUACGAGGACGGCAGCUCCGGCACCUACAUCAACUUCCGCGAGGUCCUGGCGCGAUUGGAGUUGGUCCCGGGCCACUACGUGAUCAUCCCCGCCACCUUCCAGCCAGACACGCCCGGCUCCUUCAUGGUCAGGGUGUACUCGCCCAAACCCUUCGAGCUGACACAGCUGGCCCGGAAAUGAGGGAGUGUGUGUUUGUGUGUGUAGGGAGAGAGGAAGACUGCGCCUGUCUGUGUAUGUGUGUGAGGAGGGGAAUGAAAGAGAGGUUACGAGAGCCUAGAGAAAGCUUUAGAAAUAUAUUAAGGGGUUGGAAAGAGAGAUUGAGAGCCUAGAGAGUGAGUUUGAGAGAUUAAGGGUUAGAAAUGAGUGUUUGUGUGUGUGUGUGUGUGUGUGUGUGUGUGUGUGUGUGUGUGUGUGUGUGUGUGUGUGUGUGUGUGUGUUGGAGAGGAAGGAACUUGAGAGCCUAGAGGGAGUUAGAAAUAUAUUAUGGGUUACAAAUGAGUGUCUGAGUGUACGUGUGUCCAUGGAGGAAAAGUGUGUGUGUGUGUGUGUGUGUGUGUAAUUCACUAUUCCCUGAUUACGUGUUGGACUCGUAAUCGCCAGCAGGUACCCUCCCGACAUGAGCAAGUGCUCUUUAUCGUCGAUCUGUAGGUACUGCCGGGACCUCACACACCACACACUCCAUCCCCUUUGCUCAAGGGGGGGGACAGUAACCACUUCUAGUCAACGGAAAGAAUCCGGCUUGAGCGGGCUGGCACCGCAGCGCUCUACCAGCUGUGCCACGGAGUGGUGUGCAGAGCCCUUACAUGCCCAAGUGCCGCCCCAGGGCAAAGUUCUCAGUGACGCCCCCCCAACCACCACUUCCCACCUCCACCACGUACCGUUACUGCCUAUGACCCUAAUUUGGGCAACGUGAUUAUAGGAUACCGGUAUACAUAAUAAAAGAUGCUGUUGCUGUGUGUGCUGUAUAAUUAAAUGAAAUCUAGAGAGUAAAAAAAAAAAAAAUUCAUAAAUAAUAGGAAAAAACAUUCAUCAGACUGCAAUGUGGUUGUUAUUAUUAUUUUCUGAAAAUUAUUGAUUUCAAAAUCCCUAUUGCAGAAAGGAUAAGGGAAAAUAUUUCAUAUUUUGUUGAUGUUAAUGCAAAAAUUGGCGAUUACGGUAAACUAUUCGGCCUUCUUUGACCUUUUUUUAUUAUUAUUAUUAUUUUGUCAGCCUUGUGGGCGGCAGCUCCAGGCAAGAAAUGCCGCCCCCCUAAAAGUGCCGCCCACGGGCAUAUGCCCCCCCCCCCCUCAUGUGAGGGCCCUGGUGGUGGUG